AUGCCUCCGGAACCCAUCGCCUUCGACAGCUCGGAUGAGGACGAGAAGAGGUAUCCCCUCUAUACCGUCAAGCGUCUGCUUUCGCGACCGAUCGCUUCCGACUCGGAGAUUGACGAGCUCGAAUCUGACGCCGACGACGACCCGAAUCCGGCACCACCAGUCCGUCGCAAGCCUCCUUCUCCCAAGAAGUCGAGCUCAGCUUCGCAAGAUCCCACCGCUCGCAAGAAACGCCGUGAGCAAAAGCGACGAAAGAAGGAGGAACACGAGGAGCGCAAACGACGAAAAGCAGAGAAGAAACAAGCGCUCGCUGCCCGUGCAGAGAGACAGAACGGACAUCGCGAUGGCUCUGCCCGCUCUCGUGCUACACAGUCUCCUCAGGAUCCGUCUUCGUCGACGGUACCUUCCACAUCAAAGAGUCGAGCUAAUGGAGUGCAAGCUUCGAAAGCCCCCGCAACCAUCGAUGUCGCAUCGGACUCGGACGAGCCUCUUCCAUCGCUCGUUGUACGUCCAUCUCAGACGCAGCCAAGCCUUGAACCAACUCAAGAGUCAAGAACGCAGGCACAGGCUCAGGCGAUGAGCGAAGACGAGGUUGAGCUGAUCGCAUCGCAGUCGGUCGCCCCUCCGACCGCUGAUUCUCAGCCGGCGAGAGCUAGCUCGUUACCCACCGCCAUCGACCUGGAUGACCAAGAGCAACCGUCCCAGCGCUCUGCAUCCGCCGUCCCUCAUGCUGCCGGUGCUUCGGGCCAAGAAACCAAUCCUAUCCAGCUCGACGGCUCGGAUAGCCUGUUGCAGCAUGGAUCCAACGACCAGCGAGACGGAGCCGACGAUGACAUAUCCGAAGUCAGUUCGAUCUGGUACAGCGAAUCGGACGGCCAUGCAACAGACUCGGAACUCUAUACAAGCUCCGAGGGCUCGCUGCAUGAUACGGAUGAGGAAAGGGGGCUGGGAUCGUGGACCCAAAAAGAUCGUGACACAUGGCAGGGUUCAACCUACGAGCUAGACGAGGCGUAUGGCGGCACAUACGACGUCCGUGCUGUGCUUCGCCACCGGCAUAACCCGAGGAGAGGGUUCGCAGAGUACCGCACGGUCUUCGCUGGCUAUCCUAUCCACUCCAGCAUGUGGCUACAGGAGUCGCUCUUCGACGACGAAAGGACGCUCCGCGAGUACUGGGCGCGUCAGGGCGGGCGUCCGGACGACUUUCCGGAAGAUAGGACGAGCUACACAGAGCACAGCUCGGACACCGAGACCGCCGUCAAACGUCGACCUCGACAGCGGGCCCACGAAGCGUUGAGGAAUAAGCGACUCGACAUUCGCCGCGAUAAGAUUCAGUUGCGUCAAUAUUUGAAGUCUCUGGGCGAGGAGCGCAAUCGAGCUCAAAAAGAGGCGGAAGACAGGUACGCGGCGUAUCGGAGGAAAAAGAAUCUUGGCUUGGAGCUACGGCGUGUACACGACAAAGGCUCGACGCGGGGCAACAAGAAGCGCCUGGAGAAGCAACAACAGAAGCGAUGGAGGCGGGACGCGGGAGGUAAUGGCGCAGACGCUGCUGGCUCGUCGCGCUUCAGUGCUACGCACGCAAACCGGGCACUGGCCGACAUCUCAAUGAGGGCGCGCCCUAGCGCCACUUCUGGCAUGAAUAGUGCCCGGAUGCGGGCAUCUCAACUGAACGACAGCAUUCCCGAGAACGACGACAGCCAGAUGACUUUCCGUCGCCCCGGGGGCUCGAGCUUUGCGGGUAACUUCCCUGGCCUCAGCAAAUCGAUGGCGCCGAUGCGUGAGCGUCCAGGCUUCAGCGCCAGCGCCACGCGCCCCACCAUGGCUCCAUUGGGCUCUGCAUCGGCCCUGCCCAGCAGCACGAACUCAGCCUCCCAUACUCAGCCUACCGCACCGCGUCCUGCGCCAGGCAGCUACAAAGGAGCCCAUCGGCGUGAGCCUAAGGUUCAGGUGCAGCCUGACUUCAACAGAUUCCUCAAUCGUCUGCACGGCUCGACCAGCAGCACGUCACAAAGGGCUAACAAUCAAGGCGCCGCGCAGCCAUUGCAAGCCCCGACGGACUCCAAUGGGCAACCCAUCACAUCAGGUCGCAGGCCCUCUGAGGCGAGGCGAUCCAAUCUGUUGGUGCUCAAGCCGGUCGAGGACUUCCAAGGCGCCAGUCGACCUUUUGCUACAGCUCUUUCAAAGGACGCGCAUAGCUCUGCAUCAUCGGAGACGGGUGACCAGGAUACCUUCGGCGUUCCUGAGAUGAGCACGGUUCGGGGUCAAUAUAAUCCUCAUCAGCAGGCUCCGAGUUCUGAUGGGGAAGCGGCACAACGAGCGAAGCAAGGUCCAGCUUCGGCGUUGGCAUCCUCGUCCAAGAGCGCAUCCAUACAGCGAGCUGGUUCGUCGCAGCAAGGCGCACAACGUGUCCGUGUCGAAGAUCCUCGACGUCGUCCGGCACUGGCAGCUUCAGAGACACAAGGAGUGUCCCAGGCAGGAUGGUCGCCGACAGCUGACGACGUUCCGUGGUCGCCACACGAGCGCAACAGUUCCGCAUUGGACACUGGCUCGACGGGUGCUGACUCGCCCGUGCCGGCCAUUCCACCAUCUCCCGCGGACGACAGCUCGACAACAAGAAGUUACGACGGGCAGCAAGCAAAAGCGCCGCAGCACAAGAUUUGGAACGGCUGGUUCGAAUUCGUUGUCGGCCACAAUCGGAUUGAAGCUGAGGGCGAUCUGCUGGCAGCUGAACCGCUAUCUCCUGACCGCAAGCAGACCUUGGGUUUGACGAACCCUGGUGGCACGGCGUACUUCCAUACGUUCCUGCCCUUCGCGUGGAUCCGCGACAUGCUCGCUGGGCACUCGGCUGCUAUCAACGAAGUGAUGCUGCUCAAGGCAAAUGGAGUGGGAGCAAGGUCGUCGUUGGACCAGCUUUCCGAGCAGCUGAAAGACCUCGACGUCGCCCUGCUUGCAUACGCAGGCCAAGAAGCCUUUACCGGAGAUGACAGUGGACGCAAAGACUAUUUCGUCGCCUUUUCGAGCAAGUACGACAUUGACUACGUCUCGGGCCUCCCUCCGUCCCUGCGAAGCGUUCGUGGGCACCCGCACACAUUGUGCACCGUUCCACUGCAGCUGGAACACCAUCCGGCUCCUUCGCUGCCCAUCACCUUUGAGAAACCGCCGGCGCUGGAAGGUUCGAUCGACAACGUCUUUGAGGCGUCCAUCGGCAAAAAGGCUAUCGAGGACCUCAACAUCAGCCGCACCGACAUUCGCAAGGUCAGGCGGGCAGCCCAGCGCUACCGCAUCUCGAAGGAGCUGUACGAGGGCAUCCGCAGCAAGUACAACGUCAUCUUCCUGGGACAAAACCCUCCAGCGUACGAGAAGAGCGUGCUGUACUUUAUGGUGCGCAUCUUUGAAGGCGGUGCACGACUCGGUCUCGAUGCAGAAAAGGACGCCAAGCUCUGGAAAGAUCCGAAGAGGGGCACCAACGUGUUUGUGCGUCGCGCUGCUCUGGAGGGUAUGUUCUUCUUUGACGCCAGCGACAAGGCAUUGUGGCUAGCCCCUUACCUGCGUCGCCUCAAGAGACAGCCGCGCUGCAGGUUCUGGACGUAUGGCUUUGCACCGGACGAUCCGGACGAGCGUGUACGCGAGAUUUUCCCAGGAUGCGAUGGUUUGGUGACCAUCUCAGCCUCGGCCGUCUUGGGGGACUUGGUGCGCUCGAGUGUAGUGGAGACGGACAAUCAGGAGCGAGAGGAAGGGCAGCUCACCCAGAACGACAAGACGCCACCAGACUCGAUCCUUUGCAACAUUGCGUACCAUCUCGCCGACAAUUGGAAGGUGCGGCUUCAUCCAUGGAUCCGCACCUGCUUCAAACUAAUAGCCGACCAUCUCGAGCCUGUCUGCCGCGCACUUCACCUGAUUCAGGAGGACCAGGGAUUUCCAAUGGAGCUGAUGCUGGACCUAGACUCGAAGCUCGAGGCUCUGUAUACGUCGGCGCUCGUCGAGGAGUGGUCAGCCGACGAAAUUAGUGGUCUGCCCUUCGACGAGCCCAGCGAGGUUCCUGACGAACCACAACAAUUGAUCGAGCGCAUCGACAAUGAAGUGCUUGCAUCGCUGCGCAAAUCUCAGUCGAGAACUGUCUCUGACACCCGGUUCCACGUCCUGGUCUCUCAAGGAGCGAAAAUGUCGGAGGAGGAGCUCGCAGGGAUCGAAUUGACGUCCCUCGCUCAAGUGGCAGAGAACCACUGCCGCGAAUUGGCCAACUUGCCCGGCAACUGA